GAAAUGCCUGCAGCAUGGCGUGUGCAUAGCAAUCUGCCACUGAGUACCUCAGAAACGCCAGGAAAAAACUGGUGACUCAUAUGAAGAACUUCCCUCUGAUCAUUGAGAAUCUUUAUCAGCAGAAUGUUUUCAAUGACUAUGAGGUCGAUGCUCUCAAAGCUGAGAGGACAGAGUUUGAUAAAGCCAGAAGUAUGUUAGAUUGGGUCAUUAACAAAGGUGAAAUGGCCAGUUAUGAAUUACUCAGGAUUCUAGAUGUCACUAAGAAGAGGACAUUAGAUCCUGGUUUACACUAUUGGAUCAGCUGUUUUUCCUUCAGAGUGGAAGAUACAGAGCCCAGCUAUUUAUUUGGUGCAAAGCCCUGUAAAGGCUACCAGACACAGCUCAAGAUGAAAGCAAAAAGUAUCCUGAAGGACCAAAGGGAACAUAGCUGUAAAUAUCUGGACGACAAGGUACAAGGAAACUUCAGUUUCAUUCCUCUUGUUUUAGAGAGAGACUCUGUGGUGAAAACUCCUCAAUGCGAAAUAAAAACAAAAAAUGCAAAAAGCUACGACCCAAGAAGCUGAGAGCUUACAUUCCUAAUGAGGAACAAGCACUAUCACCUAAGGAUCUCCUGAAAUGGCAGGACAAGAACAUCCUCAUCAUUGGCAAACCUGGAGUAGGAAAGACUACAGUUGUCCAGGAAAUGUUGCGUAUUUGGGCAGAGAAAGAUGGCAGCGAAAUCGACUACAUGUUUUACUUUGAUGAAAGUGUUUUGGCCCACAGUUCUAAUAUUGCCAGUUUGCAGUCUAUUUUGUUUGAUGUGUAUUUAAAACCCAUGGAAAAUGACAGAAUGGAUGUUUUUAAAGAUAUUGAGGAAAACUCUGAGAAUGUUGUUCUUAUAUUGGAUGGAGUGACGGAUUUUGGAAAACAUUCCAUCUUGUGGAAGAUCAUGAACCACGAGCUCCUGCCCGAUGCCAAGAUUGUGAUAACAUGCAGAUCAGAGGUGGAAUAUGAUCCACUUUUCUGCAACUGGCCAACACAGAAAGUGUAUGUCCAAGGGUUCAGUAAAGAGUCUAUCAGCACAUACUACCAUACUAUGUUGGGUCAUGAUCCUGUUCUUCUAGAAGUUGUUUUGAAAAAUCAAGAGUUGUUCAGUCUUAGUCAUGUUCCAUUGUAUGCAUCCAUGAUUGUAGACUUGAUGCAAUUUAAAAAUGGCACAGUAUUCGACCAUCCACACACAAUUACAGAGAUGUACAUCCACAUUUUCCGUGCUGCUGUGAAGAAACAAAUUAAUCAAAUAGAUAAAUACCUGAAAGACAUCAAAGAUCAGGUUUAUUACUUGAUGGAAAACGCAUUCAAUGCAACUAUGCAGAAAACCCUAAACGUUAUUAGCUGUGAUUGGACAGACAUUAGUCAUGCUUUUCUCAAAAUGAUCACAAUAAGAGACUCACCAACAUCUGCAAUGACAUACUGUGCGUUUCUCCACAACACAAUGCAGGAAUUCUUUUCAGCUUUGUGGCUUCUUGGACAUCCAGAUGAAAUUGAAAAAGUCCUACAGCUCUGUCAGACUGAAGAGCAUAAACACAUGAGACAUGUUCUUCCUUUCUUAUGUGGACUUCUGAGUGAACACAACAUCAGACUCCUCAAGUGUCUCUUCCCAGGGGAUCAGACAAAGAAAACAUCUGAUUGGUUCAUUGAGAAACUUUUGGACACUUUUCUCCAGCCUCAGAGUGACAGUGAAGAGUUUGAUCUUCUCUAUGUGUGUCAGUGCUUGUAUGAACUCCAGUCUCCUAAAGCCUGCUUAAUGUUCCUGGAGAAGAUGGACCAUCAGCUUGAACCAGAAGUGGAUCUUGAUCCUCAUCAGUGUUGUGCUUUGUCUUAUGUGAUCGCUCAAUCCAGAGAUAAAGAGGUUUAUCUGAAUCUGGAAGACUGUACCAUAGCUGAUGUGGGAAUGAACAUGAUGCUCAGCUGCUCACCAAAUAUAAGGUUAAAUAUUUGUAAAGAACCACUGGAGCAAACCACAUUCUUUCUAGAAUUCUUCCAUAAAGCAUCUCAAUGCUGUUGCAGCUUUUUUGAUCAGAGAUACAAUUACAACCACGAACCACUCAAUAUACUUCUGGAUCUUUACUCGCAUGUAAACAACUAUGAGACUCAAACAGGCAGGAGUUUCCUUCCAGCAUUACAGUCAGUUUUCCAGUCAGCACCUGAUGUCUGGAUCAUAGAUCUCUCACAGAGAAAGACCUCAAUCCUCCUGGAAGUGCUGAAACUCCAAACAGAGAAGAAACCAGUAGAGCUGAGAGGAAGUUCAGAGGAAGAGAGAGAAGUGAUGAGUUUCCUUCAGUGUCUGCCCUACAUCUCACAGCUGAGAAUCUCUAAUCUGAGUGAAAGUGUUCCAAACAGAUUUCUCCUGAAACUCUUCAUUAAAGCAGCAGAGAUUGAGAAACAGACAAGAGAGCAGAUGCUGAAACUGUUAACAUCACUCUGCAUCUACAGCUUUUUUAAUCAUGAAAGAAUAAGUGAUUUUCUGCUGGAUCUUUGCUCACAUGUGAAGGACUAUGAGACUUAAACAGGCAGGAGUUUCCUUCCAGCAUUACAGUCAGUUUUCCAGUCACCUGAUGUCUGGAUCAUAGAUCUCUCACAGAGAAAGAGCUCCGUCCUCCUGGAAGUGCUGAAACUCCAAACAGAGAAGAAACCAGUAGAUCUGAGAGGAUGUUCAGAGGAAGAUAGUGAAAUAAAGAGUUUUCUUCAGUGUCUGCCCUACAUCUCACAGCUGAGGUAAGAGAAUCUCUGGCAACUUACAGUUAUUGUGAAAUAUGAUUUCUGUAAAAGUUGAAGCAUGUUUUAGGUCUUAAUGAGUGUAUUUAGAUUAGUGGGUUUAUUUUGUAUCAGUGUUAUAGGGUGAUGCAUUCUGACCAUACACUGAGGGGUUGCCUUCAGUGUGACAACAUAAG